AUGUCUGAAUUUAAAUCGUUUAAGAAGGCCGAUUUGUCCAAGGUCGCCAGGAAAGUUGGCAUCACCGUCCGCUCUAAGGACACCAAGCAGUCGUUGCUCGAAAAAAUUGAGUCUUUUAUCGACGAGCAGCCUGAGAGAGCAAAGGAGUUGAUCGAGUCUGCCGGUGUCGAAGAUGAGGUUGCUACCUUGAUUGAGGAUGAUGAUGACGAAGAGGAGGACGAGGAGGUCUCUGUUGCCGUUGAGGUCCAGGAGGACGAGGACGAAGACAAGGACUACAAUGCUCCUGCCCCAAUUUCCUUUAGAGAGUGGGUUGUUGACCCAGCAAUUGAUGUUUUUGAGAACGCCAGAGCCAAGGUUUUGGACUUCACCGACUCAAUUGGCCUCACCACUUUGGACGUCAACGACGACUUGAGAGAGUACUUGUCUAGAGUUGUUGCUUUGAACUAUUUGGAGUUGAUUGCUGAGGCUUCUUUCUUCCUCUACACCAACGUUCCAGUUGUUUCUGUCAAGAGCAACCCUUCGAUCCACCAGGUCUUUAGAGAUAACAUUCCUAUCUUGGACUCGUGCUCUUUGCCUUCUCCUGAUGUGUCCGCUUUGUUUGAGUUCUCCGUUUUGUCCACUUUCGGCAAUUGGGUCAUCUACGCCGUGGUGGUUCCUUUGAUCAUCUCUUUCUACGUCAACUUCUCCAGAAGAGUUGUUGUGAUCCUGGAUGAAGAUGACGAGGAGGAGGAUAUCUCGUUUGUUGUUAGACUUUACAGGUACGACCCAUUCAUCUUCGCCUUGUCGAAGGUGUUGGUCUACUACUUCAUUCUUAAGAAUGGUGCCUUGUCGUCGCUCGAAUCUUACUCGAACUUCUUCCACUUCUUGAAGAACCACGCUGCCAUCCAAUUGGGUCUUUACCACCACUUCAUCACUGGCUUGGGUAACUUCCCUAUUGUCAUUGGUCUUGCCAAUGUGGCCAUUGGACUUUACUCGCAAUUUGAGGACUUCUAA